CCUUCUUUGUAUUCCUCUUCUCUAAUUUCUAUUUCAUUUAUUGUGUCCUCCACCAUAUCCAACCUGCUUUUAAAACCCUCCAUUGUGUUCCUUAAAGAUUGGAUCUCUGUCCAAAGUUCGUUUGUGAGUUCUUGAAUAUUUAUCUGUACCUCCAGGGGCAUGUUUAUGAUUUUUAUUUUGAAAUCUCUUACAGGAAGAUUGAGUUCAGCCUCACCUGCCCUUUUUCUGGUGUUUGGGAUUUUUGUUUGAAUCACAUUCCUUUGAUGUUUUAUAUUUGUAUGUGGCAUCUUUUAGUGCCCAGAAGCUCCACUCUCUGGAGCUGCUCAGCCCCUAGAGUGAUGUCAGAGGUUGCAGGGGAUUGGUGUUGGUGCCUGGUGGGAAGAAAGAGCUGUUUCCUGCUUCCCAGCUGCUAUGUCUGUCUCCAUUGCCAGAACCAGUGAGCUGAACACACAGGUGUAAAAGCCUCCAUGCUUUGCAUUUCUAGCUGCUGUAGGAAGGGCUUCCCUCUGGCUGGCCUGAUGCCAGGGCUGCAGUUGCUGGUUUGUGGGCCAGGUGGGGACUUGCAGGGAAGAAGGCACAGCAGGCUGUGUAUCGCAGUGGGGGACCUUGGAGCUUCAUGGCCAGCCAGGAGGAUGGAGCGCUUGAAGAUCCUGAAAGUUCCCAACCUGCUGGGCAGAGUGCACCUAGACAAUUUUGUCUACCUGUCCUUUCUCCUGAGCAUUAAGCUAUGUUCAAUCCUUGCUCCUUUUGCAGCCUUCUCACUGGAAGGAAGUCUCCCAGCCUAUCCACCAAGAGAAGCUGGAUAUGGAUCCCUGUUUUUCAUAAGCAGCUGGACUCUCAGUCUCUCCAGGGAACCCAUAUCAGAAAAUGCUGGUCUCAACCCUUGCUACUCAAAGUGUGGUCCAGAAACUAGUGUCACUAGUGUCCCUGGUGCCACUUGGAAGCUUGUUGGACUCUCAGGCCCCUCCCCAGAACUAUGGAGGCAGAAUCUGCAAUGUCACAGAAUCUGCAAUGAUUUCUAUGCAAUAUUCCAAACUGAUUUGAAGAAAUGGAUUCAAGGAGAGCAGUUCUGAUCCUCCUACGAGCGCUGGCUGUGGUGGAGCGACACCUUCUGGCACAUAUGGAGUACUGCAUGCUCGCUGGCCCCGCUUUAAGGAAGUCUUCUCUGGGGUUAGCCUUAAAACAGAGAGCGCUCCAUCAACUCAACUGACCAAGUUCAGCCUCGUAAAUGGGAUCAAAUGUCGUGUCACAGCAUGUAGAGAGAAUGAGCAAAGAGUUCAUUUCCGCAGCUCUCUUCCUUCCAUAAGGGAGAACUGGAGAAGUUAUGUUUACCCACUGGCACCCAGUUUUCAAUUUAUAUUUGAAAAAUAACUAGCCGUGUCCUCUUAUCUCACCUGGCAAUCUAGAGCAAACUCCCUCAAUCGUAAAAAUUUUGUUUUGCUGUCCUGUGAUUCAUGUGCAAAUGCUCAUCACUCUCCAAUUUCUGGAUUCCUUUGGAAGUAUGUAGCAUCUUGAAAUUUAGUGCGCUUCUCACCAUACCCUCUUCUCACCAUACCAUGUGCACACGAUACACAUUCAUAAAUAUAUACACACACAAAACAAUACCAGGGCUGUUGCUUUCAACAAAGUAUCGUUUCAAAAACUGUAAGUUGGCCAUGUAUUGAUGACUGCAGAAGCUGGGUAAUGGAUACAUGGGUCUUUAUUAUGUUAUUUUACUUUUGAAUAUAUUUGGA